AUGAGCGAAAAAAUUGACUACUUGCUUCCAGGUGAGAAGUAUGAGCCCAAGCAACCAGACUGGGAGAAGAUCAAGUAUUACCAAGAUAUCAGCCCCACUGGAUGUGAAGGCAAGGCUCAUGAGAGAGAUGUAUUAACACCUGAGCCUGUCAUCUUGAGUCCACCCCCUCCAAGACAAAGUAUUACCAUGGAUGAUACUACCGAUUUUCCAGAGCAAAGAAUAAUUCCUCUUGCUGAAGAUAGACCUUAUGAAGAAGGAAAGUACAGACCUCCGUCAAUGCCUGUCUUCGCAGGUUAUUUCCCAACCAAUGAGUAUUUAUACAGAGGAAAAAUUUAUAAUUGGUGCUCAUGAGGACAUGCCCAGCAACAUCCAUGGUGUGAUGGACAAUGCAAAUGGAUAGUCACCAGGCUAAGACCUAUUAAGUUCAAUGUCUCUGAGAGUGGAUAUUAUAAAUUAUGCAAUUGCAAACUCUCAGCAAAUGCUCCAUUCUGCAGUGGAACCCAUAAAAGUUUGUUAAAAGCAACACAUAGGCAUCAUAGAGGAUUCUGGGGAAUCUGGGGUGUUUCCAGCUUUGUCUGUACCUUCGGAUACUGGUUCUACACCUUCUACAAGUAA